UUAAAUCAUUUAUAAUUUUAAAUAGGCAUGUCAAGUUGUUUUGACACUUCAAGAUUUAUUUCAAGCUGUUUUAGAAAAAAAGAAGCAAGCAAUGGAAAGUGCCAAACAAUUACAGUUUUCAAAGAAUUCUAAUGAUGAUGAUGAGAAAAAAGAAAUGGAAAAUAAUAAUAAAAAUAAAAAUGUGAAAUCGGAACAAAACACAGAUGAAAAAGAAAAUUCAGAAUCUAUUUAUAGUGAUGUAAUUAGCUCAUCAUCUGUAGAAAAUGUUCCUCCUGAAAACAACAAAUCUGUCUCUUCUCUGCCAAAACCACAGUCUAAUGUUGAUGAUUUAUUAUGUUUACAAUUAGAAGUAGAUAAACUUCAAGAAAAUAUAGAACAAAUGGAUAGUAGUAUGGCAGCUGUUUCAGAAUUGAAUUAUCCUUUUAUGCCUGAUCCUUUUAAUACAUCAACAUUUGUACUUUAUCCUCAGAAGGAUAUAUAUGAGUCUACAGCAUCAACAUCUUCAUCUGAAGAUCAGUCUGUUGGGUCUCCAUUUCCAGAUUCAAAAGUGAACCAAAAAUUGGAAGAAACAUCCUCUUUCUAUGUUACCUAUUCUGAUAAUGAUAAAUAUUCUGUAUUUAGUAACAUAGAUACAAUUUCUAGUAUAUUUGAGAAUUCACAAAGUUCUUUAUCAACAACAAAUCAAGAUGAUGAGCAGAUUAAUGUUUCAACAUCAGAUUCCGUUUCCACUCAAACAAAUAGUCAAGCAUCACCACCAAAACCUCCAAGACUACCACAAAAUGAUUUAUUUGCAGAUUUGGAUCCUUUAGGUAAAGAUCGUCCUUUUCUAGAUAAAAAAGAUUUUUUUCAUGAUAUUAAAAAUCCUCCAAAAAAAGUUUUGAAAGAUCUUGUAGAUAAAACUGUAAGUGCUUUCACCAGUGAACCAACUAAAUUUUAUACAUCUCAAUCAGCACCAGAAUCAACUGAAGUGAGUACAUGUUUUCAGUCUUAUGAUGCCACUUGUCCUCCUUUUUCUUGUGAUUUCAAUAAUAUAUCAACCCAACAGACACCUUCUCAUUCUAGUAAUUCAUUGCCUUCAUCUCUUCCAAAUUCUUCCAAAAGACUUUCUUCUUUUCCAUUAAAUGAUAAUAAAUCAUCUGGAAAUCCAUUUACUGAAAAUAGUACUGGAACUGUUAUUCUGCCACCGCCGCCACCACUACCGCCAAGACUUACAAAUAGAUCUUCCGAGCCAAAUAUUCAAAUUCCCCUAUCAUUAAAAUCUGAAAAUGCAAUUUAUGCAUCACCAACCUCUGCUUCAACUGGAAAUGUGCCAUUAAAUUAUAGAAGAGGUUCCUUACCAGCAAAUCAGGUUAUAUCUGAAUUUUCUCAAAACAAUACAUCAAUAUCUGUAAAUUCUAGCUCCAGUCAUCCUAUUCCAAUACCAACUCGAAAACUACCUGUUAAUUCUCAACAGAUAGGUAGUUACAAUGGACAAAAUCAUAUUGGUGAAUCCAAAAAACUUACCAGGUCUUUUGAACAGGAAUCUCCAAAUGUAGAUUUUUUUGGAUGUGGUUUUGGUGAAUCAUUAAACAAUCCAAAUCAAAUAUACAAUUCUGUAGAAAAUCAAGAUAUAAAUCAUUCAUUACAAAAAUCCAAUAAAAAGAAUCAAGUGAUAAAUAAAACUUCAUUAAAUAAUUCAACAGAAAAAACCUUUAUACUUCCACCUCCUGAAUCACAAAUAAAAUUAAAUAAUUUAACUAAAUUCAAGAAAAUGAAUGGAAUAGUGAAUGAUAACAGUACAACAAAGUUAUCACCUAUUUCACGUUUACCUGGUGUUACAUCACAAUAUCAAGUUUUGUCUGAAAUCUGUUUGCAAAAUGGAAACAUGUCAUCUUGUUCUGAAUCUACAAAUAUAAAUUCUAAUAAUUCUUCAAUGUCAAACUCUGGAAACAUUUUUAAUAGAAAAAAAGAUCCUUUUGCUGAUGAUUUUUUUGCAGCAUUACCAAAGAAACUUAAUGGUUACCAGUCUGUGCCAAAUGAACUAUGAAAGCAUUUAUAUAGAAGACUAAUUUUUAAGAGGAACCAAUUUAUGGAAAAAUUAAUAAGAUCAAGAAAGAAGAGUAAAUAAUUAUAUGUAUCUAUAUACAUAUAUAUAUAGUUUAAUCACUUCAUAAGAAGUAUAGUCAAAUGUAUGAAAAUUAUUUUAUCUAAAGAAUAUUUUUAAUAUUAAAAUAUAAAAAGUUUCUAAUAGAAAUUUUAUAAAUUGUAGAUAUAUAAUAUAUUUGUACAUUUGAAGCUAAAAUAUA